UUGGUACUGUGUAGUUGGCAAAAGGUUCGUUGUAGUCCCAAAAUGCCUUUUUGCGCAUAUCCAGAACGCCGUGGCCUGUGUACAGAGUGCCUUUUGCAAGGCGAUGACGGAGUCCAAGCCACUGCGGUCAGCGGUUUUUACUAUAGGGCGCGUUCAAAUCAGAGGCGUUAUGUCAUCUUGGACUGCAGCAGGACAAACUUGCAUGGAUAUAUUUCUUCGCCCUCAAUGCAUUGUCAUCUUGCUGUUUGCAGCCGGGAUAGGUCAUCGUAUAUAAGUCCCGUAUGCUCAUUUUCGGAACACGGGGAGUAAAAUUAGCUUGCAUUAUACAUUCCGAAAUAUUCCAUUUUUCAUAUUAUCUUAAAAAAACAGCCUCAUUUGGGUCACGGCAUCAAUUAAUACUCAUCUACAAUGUCUUCGGAGGAAAAGAAGUCGGAAAACUCCGAAAACAACUUUUCGAACGUGGAGGACUUCGAGACCAAUGCUGCAGUGAACAUUGAUCAAAACAAAAAAGAUAUCGGCGUUUUUUCUGCCGUUUUCUUAGUCACAAACAGAAUCAUUGGUGCCGGUGUGUUCUCCACUGCGAGUACGAUUCUUUCUCUCUCAGGGUCCGUCGGAACCUCUAUGAUAUUAUGGGUGGUUGGCUCCAUCAUUGCCUUUACCGGUCUUCUUUCUUACAUGGAGCUCGGAUCUGCUAUUCCUAGAAAUGGUGGUGAGAAGAACUAUCUUGAAUACAUCUAUACCAAGCCCAAGCUUUUUGUCACAGCCAUGUAUGCCUCCUACAUUUUCUUUUUGGGUUGGGCCGCAGGUAAUUCUAUCGUCACUGGAGAAUACUUGUUGAAUGCUGCAGGCAAGGAGGUCACUCAAUGGAACUCCAGAGCUAUUGGCAUUGGUGUGAUUACCUUUGCCUUCUUGAUCAAUGGUCUUCACGUGAAGUCGGGUUUACUUUUGGCCAAUGUAUUGGGUGUGUUCAAGGUUGCCAUCAUUGUUUUCAUUUCCAUCACCGGUUGGGUGGCCCUUGCAGGUGGAAUCAAGAAUGACAAUUUCACCGACCCCCACAACUUCACUGAUUCAUUCAGUGGAACCACACCCACUGGCUACGGCAUUGUCAAUGCAUUAUACAACAUCAUUUGGUCUUACGUCGGUUACUCGAACGCAAACUACGCUUUGGGUGAAAUCAAGAAUCCUAUUAGAGUCUUGAAGAUCGCUGCCCCUUCUGCGUUGUUCGUCAUCACCAUUCUUUACAUCUUUGUCAACAUUGCGUACUUUGCUGUGGUUCCUGCCGAUGAAAUUCGCUCUUCUGGUAGAAUUGUCGUGGCAUCUUUCUUCAAGUACGCUUUCGGUGAAACCGCCGAGACUGCUUCCUCUGUCUUUGUGGCGUUGUCGACAUUGGGUAACGUUUUAUCUGUCAUUUUCUCGCAAGGCCGAAUCAUUCAACAACUUGGUCGUGAAGGCAGUUUGCCAUUUUCCAGAUUCUUUGCCACUUCGAAACCAUUCAACUCACCUUUCGUAGGAUUGUUCCAACACUGGAUUGUGUGCAUUGUCACCAUCAUCGCUCCACCACCCGGAGAUGCAUACAACUUCAUUUUGAACUUGAUUUCAUAUCCUUUGAAUGUUGUCAACACCUUUGUCGCCAUUGGAUUGUUGUAUUUAAAAUACAAAAGCCACAAAGGCGAGAUCACUUGGAACCCCCCUAUCAGAGCCCCAUUCUCAGUUGUCUUUUUCUUCGCCCUCAGUUCUUUGUAUUUGAUUGUCGCUCCAUACAUUCCUCCAUCGGCAGGUCAGAGUGUUUACAACAGUUUGCCCUACUGGAUUCAUCCUGUUGUCACCUGGGCUAUUUUCGGUAUCGGUGCAGUUUACUGGGCUGUAUGGGCUAAGUUAUUGCCCCGCAUUGGUGGAUACACAGUUGUAGUGAAAGAGGUCAUGGGCAGUGACGGAUUCUGGAGAAACAAGUUCAUCAAGGUCCCCCAUGGCGUGGACCCUGACAAGUUCGCGGAGGAGGCUAUCAACGAGGAUGCUAUUUUGAAUGAUUAAUGUGGUAUUUAUAGAAAAAUAAUAGAAUUACGAAGCUAAAGAUCUUCACAGCAUAGUUUUAUACAGGUGUUUUCAAUAGUAGGCCUAUCGAACAGAGUGGGUUUCUCGUAUGAAUCUACGGCCAUAUGUGAUAAUCUCUUUCUUCUGGGGAAGUGCCACUACCACGGAUGUUCACCGGUUCAUGAACGUUGUGGAC